CGGCUGGAUUUUCCUCCAAGUCAUCCCAAAAUUACAGCAGCUAUACGGCUCCAUAAAGCACAGUCCUCCGUUUUCCUUCCUGCCCCCUCCAAUCUGCAAGCUACCGCCGAUCAGUUCACCGGCAAGCCGAACCCCCCGUCAUUCCGAUGUCGAUCUUCGAGUACAAUGGAAGUGCCCUGAUUGCGAUGGUCGGGAAGAACUGCUUCGCCAUCGCCAGCGAUCGCCGGCUCGGAGUUCAGCUCCAGACCAUCGCCACCGAUUUCCAGAGAAUCUACCAGAUUCACGACAAGCUUUACAUCGGCCUCUCCGGCCUUGCAACCGAUGCUCAGACACUGUAUCAGAGGCUUGUGUUUAGGCACAAGUUGUAUCAACUUCGAGAAGAGAGGGAUAUGAAGCCUGAGACAUUUGCUAGCCUUGUUUCAGCUAUACUUUACGAGAAAAGAUUUGGUCCGUACUUUUGCCAACCUGUAAUUGCUGGACUGGGAGAUGAAGACAAGCCCUUCAUCUGCACCAUGGAUUCAAUUGGAGCUAAAGAACUUGCCAAGGAUUUUGUGGUUGCUGGCAGUGCUUCAGAAUCUCUUUAUGGUGCUUGCGAGACGAUGUUUAAGCCUGACAUGGAACCUGAGGAAUUGUUUGAAACGGUGUCACAUGCUCUUAUGUCAUCCGUAGAUCGGGACUGCUUGAGUGGUUGGGGAGGACAUGUCUAUGUUGUAACGCCAACUGAAGUAAAAGAAACAAUUCUGAAGGGCAGAAUGGAUUGACAUCUGAUGGAGGAGUUCGGUUACCAUGUACUUCCUCAUGCGAGGUCUCAUGCCUCCCCUUUUAUCUGUUUGGACAGUUUGUGCUGAACGAUGUAGGAUGAGCAGACGAGUAAAUCGAAAUUUAAGUAGUCUAUGUUAUUUAGAUUCUCGUUGGGUGAGAGUUUCAAAUGAAGUGUUUGUGAUACUUGUUUCAUCCUCAUGAAGGCUUCUAGUCUUUGACUCUCUUUUCUGCAUCUAAAAAAAAAAGUAAGUCCGAUGAA